CCUCUCUCGCGGCCACACCCUCCCAUCCUCCCCAUCUCGCACGCGUGCAGCUGUGCGGGACUCUGACGGUGCCGUGCGUGCGUCUCUCUCUCUCUCUCUCUCUCUCUCUCUCUCUCUCUCUCCCCGUCGGGCACCCGCAGCAUCAGCAACACAAAAGCGGGUUUGGAGCGAGCGGCUGAUCACGAGGAGGAAGGAAGACGGGAAUAAAAAAAAUAAGCCAACAGCGGAGGCAGCCAAGCAAGCAGCCGACCUGGGUAAAACAAGCUUUGUGGAAAGCAAAAAAAAAGGGCAGAUCGAUGUUCCCUAAGGUUUUACUGCAGUGGUGCGCAGCCAUCUCGAGCUGUGCGGCUGAAAUAGAGAGAAGGCGACAGGGCAAAUUCCAGCCCUUCAGACGACUCUUUGGGAAGAAGAAGAAGAGAGAGGUGAAAGGCGUCUUGGAUGGAGCGGAGCUAAAGGCGAGUUUUUCUACUGGAGAAGUGUGCAACGGAGUCGUGUCUGACAAUGAGGAGUCCAAUCAGGAUUUGAGGGAGUUGAAUCCCAUCGGAUCUCGAGCUCUCUCACACGACAGCAUCUUUAUCCCAGAGGAGCCGGUGACUGAGCCCGGUCUAGAUCACGACAUGUCCCAGGAAAAGUCGGACAAAGUUAGGAAUCUGCAGAAGCAGAUAGCACAAGGAAUAAAGUUUGGACAGAGGCCGCCGUCUCUGAGGAAAAGUGAAGGAGAUGAGGGGAGUUCAGAUGAGGAAGAAGUUCCCCGGAGUCCUCUGAAGGUUCUGGCCCAGGUAGAAGCUGAGCCAGCAAGCACAGAGCCAAAGCAGGUCCAGGCAGCUCAACAAGCCGAACCACACAGCACCCCGGCGAAGUCCCCGAGGUCCAAACGAGUUCUUCCACCCACCGGUACCAUCGAGUCCAUUAAUCUGGAUGCUGUUCCACAGUCUGUCCCUCGCUUAGACAACACAGCUGCCAAGCAUAAACUGUCCGUCAAACCGAAAAACCAGAGGAUUUCACGCAAGCACCGGCGGUUUACACAGGUGAGACAGAGGUAAAGUCAAGCUGUUGGUGUGUUUUGUGAUAUUUCUCGUGCUUUGUCAGAAGAUUUAAUCACAUCUCCACCUUCUCAGGACCUCCAAGAGGUGUCUCUUCCCGGUGUACGAGAGGACCUCGAGGCCGCCGGCGUCUCCACAGACGGCCAGCGCAGAGCGUCGGCUGAGUCCCUGGACAGCUUCAAGAAACAGAGACUCCAUGAGGAGGAAAGACAGGAGACGAGGAGGAAGAGGGAGCUGGAGGAGCAGAGGCUCAAACAGGAGGAAGAGGAGAAGAGGAAGAGAGCCGCAGAGGAGCUGAGGCUGCGUCAGCUAGAGGAGGAGAGGUGUCGCAAACAGCAGGAGGAGGAAGAGCGGAGGCUCAGAGAGGAGGCGGAGAGAAGGAUCCGAGAGGAAGAAGAAAGGAGGCAGCGAGAGGAGGAAGAACGGAUCCGGAGGGAGGAGGAGGAAAGGAGGAUGCGAGAGGAGGAGGAAAGGAGGAUGCGGGAGGAAGAGGAGCGCCGACAGUGGGAGGAAGAGGAGAGGAGACGACUGGAGGAGCAGAGGAGGAAAGAGGAGGAGGAAAGGAAGAAGCGAGAGGAGGAGGAAGAAGCGAGGAGGCAGCAGGAGCUUGAGGCGGAGAAGAAGAGGAAGCUAAGGGAGGAGGAGGAGGAAAGGAAGAAGAAAGAGGAGGCAGAGAGGCUGAGGUUGCAGGAGAUUGAAGAAAAGAAAAAAGUGGAGGCAGAGGAGAAGGCUGACGGCUGCUCGGAUCCACAUGAGAGGAAGAGGAAGGCUGAGGAGCUGCGAUGGAGGGAGAUGGAGGAGAGACAGAGGCCUUUCUCUUUUAAAGUUUCCUCUGGAGAGAAGCAGAUUUUGUUCCAGAAGGUGAACCUGACGCCUGUGACGCCGGCCUCCAGCCACCAGAGCGGCGCUGUAGCUGAGCAAAGAGAGAGCGCUAAGGCUUCUUCUUCCUCCUCUGAAGGACCAGACUCCCCCAACCUGCCAGCAUCCCCAUAUAUCCCCCACACAGCCAUCUUAGUGACCGGCGCCCAGCUCUGUGGGACGGCCGUGAAUUUAGACCAGAUCAAAGACACCGCCUGCAAGUCUCUGCUGGGUUUGGGAGAGGACAGAAAAGCCCAGGGCACACCGGUGACCAAGAGCAAGACUUCACCCGAUCGCAAGUCUGGCAAAACCAAAUCGCUCAACGAGACCUCGCUCUCUGCGGACCAGUCUGGUGCAGCCGUCCUGGCAGAAUGGGCGAGCAUCCGAUCGAAGAUCUUCAAGGGGGUGGAGGAGGGGAAGUAUGACGAGUACCCGGACCCGAGCAAGACCCAGCCUCAGCCCCAGCCCGGCGGCGAAGACCAGCCUGCGUUCUCCCACUCGAACCUCAGGAAGACCAUGUCCGCCAGCGCCAAGUUCUCCAUCACCCCUGCGAAGAAGAAGUUCGGAGAUUCAAACAGGAACUCUGAGGUGUUCGUUGUAGACGAUAAGGAGGCAGGAGAGGAAGCUACUCCGUCUGAUAGCCCCACUGCGGCCUCCCCGGCUCCAACCAGCAGACCUCAGAGCAGGACAAGUAAAACCGUCCGCAUUGUAGACAGAGGGUCAGAGGAAUGUAUGUUUGCCAAAGACCUCCCCUCUUUUCUGGUUCCCAGUCCUGGAGCCAAACCCGAGGGUCUGGAGUUGAAGACGAGGGCUCAGAGUGAAACAGGGGCGUCUGAAAGUAGAGAGGACGGAGAGGACCAAGGACAGGAUGGUGAGGACAAGCCGUCACCUUUUGGCAUUAAGCUGAGGAGGACCAACUACUCCCUGCGCUUCCACAGCGAACAGUCGACUGAGAAAAGGAAGAAACGGUACAGUGCCGGGGACAGCUUCGAUGGCGUCCCUUCACCUCUCACCCCCAUUGAGCCAGACUCUGAUGCUUCCUCUGUCUUUUCCGACAAAUCAAGUCCGGCGUCUCCUCCUCAUAAAGAAGGCGCGGUCGGCAAGUACCUGCUCGCCUCCCCCGCCGUCCCUCGGGCUAAACCAGUGAAAUCCACCAGCCCCACCGCGCACAUGGAAGGUGAGAAAGUGCUCUCGAAGCCACCUGUCUACCGUAGACCAACCACGUCACCCAAACCCGUCGGAGCAGUCCCCACACCUCCCCCAUCGCCGCUGCCUAAAGUAGCCCACAGCUCCACCAGUGACGCCAUGAUCCAUAGGACAGGAGCCGCAGAGUCAUUCAGCCAAGAGCUGUCAAACAGGGGCGAGGAUCCUUCAGCGGUGGCCCUGCUGCACCGAGGCUGCCAAAGCCAGAGUCAGGCGGAGGAGGAGCCGAAGGAGAAGAGAUCCUUCUUCCCCUCCAUCAACAUCCCGUGGAGAGAGAAGGCGGACAGAAAGGCGGAGCUCAUCAGGAAAGAAAAACCCUCACUUCAGAGCAGGCACUCACUGGACAGUUCGAGGGUCCAGGAGAAGGAGGCCGGGCCUUUAUGGAUCACUCUGGCUCUGCAGAAGCAGAAAGGCUUCAGGGAGCAGCAGCAGAAUCGAGAGGAGCGCCGCAGCCAAAGAGAGGCCAAGCUGGCUGAGAAGAAUGCCAGAGACAGUGUUACUCUGGUGAGCCCCACAGAGAGCAAAGGAAGCGGCAGCACCAGCCCGUCUUCUAAACCUCAGACGCCGGAGGAGCCGAAGAGACCCGACAGCCUCCUGGGACGAUUUGAGCGCCGAGAAAACCUGAAAAAAUCCAACACCUUACCGAGCUCUGUCACCGUUGAGAUCGCAGACUCUACACCGUCGCCACCUGCUGUCAAGGAGGUGUCAAAGCGCUUCCCCUCCAGUGACUCUCCGCAGGUAUCCACAGAGCCGGCCUGGCUGGCCCUGGCCAAGCGAAAGGCCAAAGCCUGGAGCGACUGUCCUCAGAUCAUCAAAUAACACCACCAGCCCCCCGUCCCCCUCCAUCCAAACCGAGCUUCACACCGGGCUCUGGCCUGCAUUGAGACUGCACACUGCCCACGGACUCACCACACGCACCUCGAAGAGUCACCAUCCACCCCCCCCACCAACAAAAACCCCUCCUGACUGUGAAACAAGUAAAGCCCUCCAUCACCUCGUAACCCCUACACACACAUACACACUGGCUGGUACUAUUAUCCUGUUUAAAGUGCGCUUCACAUUCAAAUAUUCCAAUAGCAGCCCGCACAGAUAUAUGUAAACAAUUGUUGCGCGCAUGCACAUAUACAAACACAAUUAUACGUCCCUGAAAACACGUGCGGGGGGGGAGAGAGAGUCCUCAUCAGCCAAUCACAACCAUGGCUGGCCAUUGCAAUAGCCAACCCCAAUUUUUUUUAUUUUAUUUUUUUUUAUUUUGUAGCCAACUGUGUCACCAUGGUUGUAAAUAAAUCACUCAAGCACUUCUGUAUCGGAGAGGUGAAGCUCUGACGUGCGACAGCGUUUAAUCAACAGAGGGUAACUGUCUGUGUUUAAAGGGCUACCAGUAACAAUAACUCGACCUGUUGAUUCUGCUCCCGGACGGCUGAUGGAAGUGUUACAGGCAUCUCGUUGGUAUUAUUUAUGUAAAAGUGGCAGAUUUAUCUAUGUUGGAGCGAUACUGUAUCUCCUCUCUGAGCCUUGUUUGUCAUGUACAAAAAGCCUUUUUUUUCUCCUUUUUAAAAAAAACACAUACUCUUUAGCUCUUAACAAUUCUCACUGUGUCCGUGAUGACUGUGAUAGCUGUCAAAGAGGCUAUUGUACAAUAAUCGCCAUGACAAAGUAAACAGAAUCCGUCAUAAUCACAUGGUGGGUGCACCUAAACACAGCACUGAACGACCACAAGUGUUACUGGGCAUUUACAGUGAACUGCACAUUAUCCUCACAGCUGUGUGAUGAUGUUAUUUGGACUUUUUUUGUUGUUGUUGUUGUUGUUGUUGCUUUGCUAAUGGAGACACACACACACACACACAACACCUGCUUGCUGUAACAUAAUUUUUUUUUUUUUGUAGCCGUCCUCCCCGUAACACACUUGUGUGUUUGUAAAGUUUAACGCCAUCACCUUCUCCUUCCUUUGUAAAAUGUGAUAUGAUCUUACAUAAUAAUGUAAGAGUUUCCUCUAUGAAAAAAAAAACAACAAAAAAAACAACCUCCAGCAUUUCUCAUUUCCUGCCACUCACUUAAUGAUCUGUAUGUAUGUAAAGUACUGUACGGAAGUCAAAGGCGUCAGCAGAGCUUCGAUCGGAAAGAGUCACUUUGUCAUUUUGUUUCUAACGUCGGUCGUGCACAAUAGUGUAGUGUACGCAGUGUUAUAUGUAACAAGAAAAAAAAUGUUUGGUAUUAUUUGCACUUUUUUUGUCCCACUUAGAGAUAUCCAUGAGAAAAUUCUUAAAGAGAUACGAAAUGUUAUGAAUAAUGUAAAUUAAAUACUGAUGUCUGAACUGAAACGCCGCAGACUCAUUAUUUCCCUGAACUUUUUAAUUAAAGUUUAUGUCCCAGAGCUCAGCUCUGACACAGAUAGAAAAGCCGUCAUUAUAUAAAAUAUGCA